AUGCGGCGGGCGGCGGCGCUGGUGCUGCUGGCGGCGGCGCUGAGCGGCCCCGGGGCCGGAGCGCGGAGCUGCCCCGCGCUCAGCCUGGGCUGCAAGUGCGCGGCCGAGCGGGCCAAGGCGGGCGGCGGCCCCGGCGCGCCCCGGCGGAGGGUGGUCUGCAGCGGCGGGGGGCUCCCCGCGCCGCCCGAGCCGCGCCUGCUGCCCGAGGGCACCGUCACGCUGCUGCUGAGCAACAACAAGAUCACGGUGCUGGAGAACGGCUCCUUCUUCGGGCUGCGGGCUCUGGAGAAGCUGGACCUGAAGAACAACCUGAUCAGCACCGUGCAGCCAGGCGCCUUCCUCGGCCUCCCCGAGCUGAAGCGGCUGGACCUCUCCAACAACCGCAUCGGCUGCCUGAGCGCCAGCGUCUUCCAGGGCCUCCCCAACCUCCUCCGACUGAACAUGUCCGGAAACAUCUUCUCCAGUCUCCCGCCCGGUGUUUUUGACGAGCUCCCCUCCCUGAAAGUCGUGGACUUUGGCACCGAGUACCUGACGUGCGACUGCAACCUGCGCUGGGUGCUGCGCUGGGCCCGCGAGCGGCCGGCGCAGAUCUCGGAGCGGACGGCGUGCGCCUUCCCCCGGCAGCUGCGCGGCGUGGCCCUGCGAGGGGCGCGGGACGGGCAGCUCCGCUGCGCGGGAGCCCCGGAGCUGCACACCCACCACCUCAUCCCGUCGCUGCGCCAGGUGGUUUUCCAGGGCGACCGGCUGCCCUUCCAGUGCACGGCCACGUACCUGGACAACAGCACCCAGAUCCGGUGGUUCCACAACCGCGAGCCCGUGCAGGAGGAUGAGCAGACGGGCGUCAUCGUGGAGGAGAGUCUCAUCCACGACUGCACCUUCAUCACCAGCGAGCUCAUCCUCUCCAACAUCCACGUCUCCGCCAACGGCGAGUGGGAAUGCGCCGUCUCCACCUCCCAGGGCAACGUCAGCAAGAAGGUGGAGAUCGUGGUGCUGGAGACCUCUGCAUCCUACUGCCCUGCCGAGCGGGUCACCAACAACCGCGGGGACUUCAGGUGGCCCCGCACCCUGGCAGGGAUCACGGCCUACCAGCCCUGCCUGCAGCACCCGUUCGCCGCGGGGCCGGCGGGCGUGGGCUCGGCGGGCGAGAAGCAGGCGUGGCGGCGCUGCGACCGCACCGGGCGCUGGGAGGACGGCGACUACUCCCACUGCCUCUACACCAACGACAUCACCCGCGUGCUCUACACCUUCGUGCUGAUGCCCAUCAAUGCCUCCAACGCCCUGACCCUGGCUCACCAGCUCCGCGUCUACACGGCCGAGGCAGCCAACUUCUCGGACAUGGUUGAUGUCCUCUACGUGGCCCAGAUGAUAGAGAAGUUUAUCAGCUACGUGGACCAGAUCAAGCAGCUGACAGACGUGAUCGUGGAGAUGGCCAGCAACAUCAUGCUGGUGGACGACCACAUCCUGUGGAUGUCCCAGAAGGAGGAGAAGGCCUGCACCAGCAUCGUGCGCUCCCUGGAGAGGAUCGCGGCCCACACGCUGGGCAGCAACUCCCAGCACAUGGCAGUGAACUCUCGCAACAUCGCCUUCGAGGCGUACAUGGUGAAGCCCGAGAGCUACGUGGGGCUGAGCUGCGUGGCGUUCCAGCGGUGGGACCCAGGACGGCCCCCCCCGACCGAGCGGGGGGCCGAGCCCACGCCCGACCAGCAGCUCAGGCUCCGCUGCACCACGGGGCGGCCCAACAUCUCCCUGACCAGCUUCCAAAUCAAGAACAGCAUCGCCCUGGCCUCCAUCCAGCUGCCGCCCAGCCUGUUCGCCAGCCCCGCCCCAGCCACGCCGGGGGCCGACUGCAAGCUCCAGCUGCUGGUCUUCCGUAAUGGGAAACUCUUCUGCAGCACCGGGAACUCCUCCCGCCUCGCCGACGACGGCAAACGCCGCAGCGUGGCCACCCCAGUCAUCUACGCCGGGACCUAUGGCUGUGGAGUGGGGAACCUGUCAGAGCCGGUGGCUGUGUCCCUGCGACACCCCGGGGAGGGCACGGACCCCGUGGCUGCCUACUGGAACUUCGAGGUGCUGGGGGGCAUGGGGGGCUGGAGCGCCGAGGGGUGCCAGCUGGCCGCCCGCGAGCCCAACGUCACCUCCCUGCACUGCCGGCACCUCAGCAACGUGGCCGUGCUCAUGGAGCUCAGCGGGUUCCCCAGCGAGGCGCAAGGCGCUGUGGAGGUGCUGCACCCGGCCAUGUACACCUGCACGGCCGUGCUGCUGCUCUGCCUCUUCACCACCAUCAUCACCUACAUCGUCCACCACGGCACCAUCCUCAUCCCGCGGGAGGGCUGGCACAUGCUGCUGAACCUCUGCUUCCACAUCGCCAUGACGGCCGCCGUCUUCGCGGGAGGCAUCACCCUCACCGGCUACCGGGCCGUGUGCCAGGCCGUCGGCAUCAUCUUGCACUACUCGUCCCUCUCCACGCUGCUCUGGAUGGCGGUGAAAGCCCGAGUGCUCUACAAGGAGCUGACCUGGAAGGCGCCACAGCAGCCGGACAGGGACACGUCCCAGGCAGCCCCCAGACCCAUGCUGCGGUUCUACCUGAUCGCCGGCGGGAUCCCCCUCAUCAUCUGUGGGAUCACAGCAGCUGUCAACAUCCAAAACUACCACGACAACAACCCCUACUGCUGGCUGGUGUGGCGGCCCAGCCUGGGCGCUUUCUACGUCCCCGUGGCUUUCAUCCUGCUCGUCAGCUGGAUUUAUUUCCUCUGUGCCGGGCUCAGCCUCCAGUGCCGACCCUCGCACCAGAAAGACAUCCCGGAGCCGCUGGAGCCAGCGCCGCGGCUGGGGGGCACCAGUGACCUCCUGACAGACUCGGGGUCCAUCUCGGUGACGCUGAACUCGGGGCCGCCCUGCCCCGAGGGGGACGGUGUCUACUCUCUGCGGGUGCAGUUCUGGGCGCUGGUGGCCACCCACGCCCUGUACGUGGCCCUGUGGACGUUCGGCGCCAUGGCCGUGUCCCAGCGCUGGUACCUGAGCAUCGUCUUCAGCUGCCUCUACGGCGUCACCGCCGUGGCGCUGGGGCUCUUCAUCUUCGUCCAUCACUGCCUGCGGCGCCGGGACGUGCUCAGCUCCUGGUUCUCCUGCUGCCCGUCGUACCGGAACGCGCUGCCCAUGCAGGCCUACGUGCACCCCGGGCUGGGGCCGGAGGACGGCUCGCAGGUCUUCAUCGGCUGCGAGCCGGAGGCCGCUCGCUCCGGCGCCUCCUCCUCCUCCUCGCCCAGCAGCGCCGGCUCUGCCGGGGGCCGCUGCAAGCUCACCAACCUGCAGGUAGCCCAGAGCCAGGUGGAAUCCCGCCCGGCGCCCUGCCCGGAGCCGGACGCUGCCGACGGGAAGCCCGUCAGGCACACCAGCAACCUCCACGGCCGCAGGAGCCACCGGGGCAGAACUAAGCCGUGCCGGGACGGGAAGCACCACCGCUUGAAAAUGCUGCGGGGCCCCUCGGAGCACCCGUCCAGCGAGAGCGGGAGCCUCCACAACAGUCACUCCGAGAGCUACCCCAGCGGCAGGACCAGCCCGGCCAGCGGCGGCCGCGCGGGGCCGCGGGUGCCGCAGGACGGGGACGCGGUCCCCAGCCCCUCGGAGGGCAGCGACGGCGGGCGGCGGGUGCCCGACUUCGCCGAGGCUCGCCGGAGGAGCGGCAGCCGGGACAACCUGCGGCCGGGCGGCAGCGCCGAGAGGGAGGCGAAGCGCCGCUCCUACCCCCUCAACGUGGGCAGCCACAACGGCGGCCUCAAGGGCAGCAAGUACGACAUCAACCUGGCCAGCGCCGACAGCGUGGCCGGCAUGAAGACCGGCCUCUGGAAGAGCGAAACCACCGUGUGAAGGUGGGGAAGGACCGACGGCCGCAGCGUUUCCCCUGCGGGAGCCGCGGCCGGAGCUGCUCGGGGCACGGCGGGGGCAGCGCUGCGGCGAUCACCUCGUGCACUAGCAGGGAUGGGCGGCACAGCCGGGGGCUCCGGCACAGCCGGGGGCUCCGGUCCCCCCGGGCACAGCACGAUCCCGGGCCCACCCAUCUCCCCGAGGAGGCUCCGAGCUUCCCGCCGCGGUGCCGGCGGCUCCAGGCGGUCCUCGCCCGCCAGCGGCCGGAAUUGCAGCCGUGCUUUAAAUCACUCCUGCAUGUCACUUGAGAUUGAUCCUAAAUGCUAUUUUAUAUUCUACAGAGGAAAUGUCUAUUUUUCAAAGCUAUAUUAUUGAAUGUAUAUAUGUAUAGACAGAGCCGUAGGUGACGCGAGGGCCCCGCGCCCGCCCCUGGGCCGGGGCCCGCCCGUGCCACGACUGCAAUAUUCCCGCCGAGGGACCACUCCAAGUGCCCUUCACGUCCAGGCAGCGCAGCCCCAGCCCGAGCACACUGCUUCGGGAGAGCAGCUGCUCCCCCUGCAGCGUUCCUGGCUGUGCCAGCCCUGGGCGCGGCGCGGUGCCAAAGCCAUGUUGCAAAGCCAAGCACAAGGUAAGAGGAGCCUCAGCUCCAAGGUGAGGUGAUUGAUUGUCUGCACUGCUUUAAUGCCAGACACUAAAAUAACGGCCAGAAAAGGCUCCAGACACUAAAACCACAGCCAGGAAAUGCUCCCAGGCCCUCAGAGGCUCAAGCCGUGCAAUGGGGUGGGCUGGCAGACGUGUGCUGCUGCCAGGACUGACCCUCUGUGCCAAAGCACCAAAGAACCAAGAUGUGGGAGAGGCCCAGAGCAGCUCUGUGUCCUUAAUCCAGGCUUCAAGCUCAGAAAAUACCUAGGUUUGCUCCUAAGAAGGCAGGGACCGUUCUGGGGAGCAGGGACCAUUCCUGGGAAGGCAAGGGAACGAUGCCAAGGAAUUAGGGACCUUCCUCAGACCGUCAAAGGGCCGGAACCUGGAUAAGCACUUAUUGUUCCCAUUGAAAAACAAACGUCCCCUUUUUCCUAGCACACACAGGUAAAACAGCCAGGCUGCAGAGAGGCUGCAGCACAGCAGAGGAGGAAGGUGGGAGCCUGGUGCCUCCCCUGCCCUUUCCAGCCUCCCCUGCCUCAGUUUCCCCCGCCUGCAAAUGAGUUAAAUAACGUAGCUACCUCCGAGGGGUCGUGGGGCUGGCAGGGCCACAAGCCAGGGGAGGGAAAAGCACUUAGUGGGGAUUGGUCUCACCUGGGAUCCACUCACCCCACGGGGCUGGGGAACCCCUGGGCUUAACCUGCCACUCCCUGCCUGCCUCGGCUUCUCUGCCCAGUUAAAUGUUGAAAUAUUUCAUUGUCCCUGGUAUUUAACGCAGCUUAAACCCUUAAACUGCAGCUCCUGCAGCCUCCCCAGCCUGGCUGACACCCCGUGGUUCUAUUGCUUGCUGCAUUGUGACAGUAUUAGAGAAAAAGCUUUGUAUUCUUAAUUACACUUUUUUGUCUGUUUACAAGCGAAUGACAUAUCAACAGAGCUUCCUGCAAUAUCUGGGGGGAGGGAGGGAAACAUGCCAAAGAAAUGUCUUUAAAGGGGUCUUUUUGCAUUUUUAUAUGAAUAGAAUGUUUCUAGCAGAUAUGUUUUGUUUAAUAUAUUAAAGAUAUGCCAACCUGCCAA